UACUUCUGCCUGAGCCACAAGUGCUGCUUGGAAAGGGCUCAGGUUGUUUCCAGGGGGAGAACUCUGCAGAGAAGAGACAAGUUCAAGAAGACACAAAGGAGCAGCAGGAACAGCCAGGAAAACCAAGAGCCCUCACUCUUCACCCAGAACGCCCCCAGCAGAGUUCUCGAAUCCUAAAGUAUUCUGCAAAGUGCCACUAGACCAGGACUCUUGGCCUGCCUUUUCCUCUCUGGAAACACCAUGACUGAGAUCACUGCUGAAGGAAAUGCAUCCACCACGACCACGGUUAUCGACAGCAAGAACGGAUCUGUGCCCAAGUCCCCUGGGAAAGUGCUGAAGCGGACAGUCACAGAAGACAUAGUGACCACUUUCAGCUCCCCCGCGGCCUGGCUUCUCGUCAUUGCUCUGAUAGUCACUUGGUCGGCUGUUGCCGUUGUGAUGUUUGAUUUGGUGGAUUACAAAAACUUUUCAGCAAGCUCUAUUUCCAAGAUUGGCUCAGAUCCUGUAAAAUUCGUACAUCAUGCAGUGGAGGAAACUACGGACUGGGUCUAUGGCUUCUUUUCUUUGUUGUCUGACAUCAUCUCGUCUGAGGGUGAUGAAGAAGAAGAAGAAGAUGGGGACGAGGACACUGAUACAGGAGAAAUAGAAGAGCCUCCCUUGAAAAAAAAAGAAAUACGCAAAGAAAAAACUGAAAAAGAGGAGAAACCUGAAAGGAAACUUCAAACUAAAGUUACACACAGAGAAAAAGACAAAGUAAAAGAAAAGGAAAAACCUGAAAAGAAAGCAACUCACAAGGAAAAAGUUGAGAAAAAAGAAAAACAAGAAACAAAGACAAUGGCAAAAGAAGAGAAGAAAACUAAGACUAAAGAAAAGACUGAAGUAAAGACUAAAAAGGAACCAAAAGGUGGGAAGCAGGAGAAAGUGAAGCAAUCAGCUGCAAAAGGAAAAGAAGUACAGAAAACAUCACCUAAACCCAAAGGGAAGGAUGAGAAAGAGACCGUGGCGGUGUCCAAGCAUGAACAGAAAGGUAAACAUUCAGACAAGGCGGCUGGAGGUUGUAAGAGAAUAUUGGGCAAGAAGCAGAUAGAGUGAAAUUAAAAUCUGAAAAAGACAGAUCAGACAUCAAAUGGGGAAAAAGAUUUGUAUAAGUAAAUACACUUGGAAAGAAAUAUAAUAAAUUGGAAAUUAAAAUUUAUUUAUAGACAUACCCAAAUGUGUCUACAUAUCUAAAGAUGCACUUUGAAGUAUUUUGAAAAGAGGAUUUGAGUUAGUAUCUGAAGUUAUUUAAAGGUUGGUGAUAAAUGUUGAAUUCUCAAGAUAAGGGAGUUCUAUUAAGAUGUGGAACAAACAUUGUAUGUGUUCUACUCUUUGGAGAAAAAUAGUCCAAGAAAAAUAAUAAUUCUUAAGGAGUAAUUUAAGGGGUGUAUGUUCAAAUAUAUAGAAAAACUAUUCAUACAUUUCUGUUGCCUCUGUAAGAGCAUAUAAUUUAGAAUAUACAUUAAGUUAUUAAAUUCACCUAAUUUGAUAGGCAAAAAGGUUUAGAAGAACCCUCAAAUUUCUUUGCCAGCUUCUAUGACUAAGUGUAUGACUUUGGAAAGCUCUAUAUCUGACAUACUGUGUGGUUCUUCAGCUAGAUUGAUGUUAAACUUACAUCCCUACUGAAAUAGUAAAGAGCAUUUAAAUGGAAGUGAAAUAUGCACCUGAAAUUCUCUAUGGAAAGGUGCUAUGUAAACAUAAAAUGGUGGAGUUUUAAGAGGGCAGCUGAGGACCUAUUGCCUCACAUUUCUGUCCCUUGUUGAAUCAGUCCUUCCCUAAGUCCAUUCCUGGCUCCAACUGCUACACAACCGGAGACUCCCCAUACAGAAUGUAGGAUCUGCUCUGUAGGGACUAUUCCUGCACAGGUUUCUCAGGAGUAUUGCAAAAUAACAUUUCUCUGUACUCCAGUAGUUUUGAAUAAUUUUAUUCGAGGACUAAAAUUAAGAAGUGGUUUCUGGGAUACUUUCAUUAAAAUAUUUUACAACUUUCUUACUAAGGUAUUUGAACGGUGAAAUUGAAAAUAUUUUUUCCCAUUAUAAGGUGUAAGAUAUAAAAUUUGCAUUCCACACUUUUUUUUAGAUUCCACAUGUAAGUGAGAUACAUGAUAUUUGUUUUUGCAACCUAUUCUUGCAUUUACUUUUAAACCAUGUUUCCCCUGAAUUUAUAAGCAAUAUUUAUAAACUUUGAUUUAUAUUUAAAAAUUUUAAGGGAAGAGAAGGAAAAGAAUAAAAGGUAAAAGGUAAAAGCUAAA